GGACAGGCGCGGUGUGCACCUGGUUGCCAUCACCCCUUGGCCACCAGCUGUCUAAACAAGCCUGCGGCAGAGGCCCUUAAGGAGAUGGGGGGCUGAGCCUUCCCCCCCCCACUCCCGCUGCCAGUUGCGAAAGUGGGACUUUCGGGGGGCGGGAGAAGCAACGGGUCCCUGGAGCAAGCAGGCUGAGGGCUAAGCUGCUUAUGCCGGGUAGGAAGCUGGUAUGAGCCUCUUCAGCUGGACUCCUGUCGCUGCUCACAGGAGGCCGAAGGAAAGCAGCAGCAUCCGCUGUCGCGUGGAUUCUCCAUUGUAUCUCUGAGAGGAAGGAGACACCCCACUUCCCUUUGGGGAAGAUGGGGAAUUGCCUGAAAUCCCCCACCUCGGAUGACAUUUCUCUGCUGCAUGAGUCCCAGUCGGACAGGGCCAGCUAUGGGGAUGGGACUGAACCGGAUCAUGAGCCGCCGCCGCCAUAUCAGGAACAGGUUCCAGUUCCAGUUUACCAUCCAACUCCUAGCCAGACCCGCCUAGCAACACAGCUCACAGAAGAAGAACAAAUUAGGAUAGCGCAACGGAUAGGCCUUAUACAACACCUGCCGAAAGGAGUCUAUGAUCCUGGUAGAGAUGGCUCUGAGAAAAAGAUCAGAGAAUGUGUGAUCUGUAUGAUGGACUUUGUUUAUGGGGACCCUAUCAGAUUCCUGCCAUGCAUGCAUAUUUACCACCUAGACUGUAUAGAUGACUGGCUGAUGAGAUCUUUCACUUGUCCUUCCUGCAUGGAGCCAGUUGAUGCAGCACUCUUGUCAUCCUACGAGACUAACUAAGCCAGAAUCUAUCUUCUGAUCUGUCAAGGAUACCAUCUAUAUUAAUGGGUUUGAUCCUUUCUCAUUCUGCCCAAAGAACCAGAGAUUAGAAACCAAGAUCAUGCACAAUAAAAAGCUCAGUACCUAAAAAUUAAAAAGAAAGCUGCAGGUAUUGAAAGAGGAAGGGGAGAAAACAAGCUUUAGAAAACACAGAAAAAGUAGGAAAUUAUUUUUAUGUAAAAUCUGGAUCCAGUGCUUAAAAUAGUUGUUUCUUAAGGAAAGCUUGUUAGCAAACCCAUCCAUGGAAACUUUGUGAAGAAAAACAACAGCAGUUAAAAGAUUCAGUUGUAUGAACUCUUUCCACCGAGAAAUUCUCCUGCUCAGCCACCACUGAAAGAAAUGAGAAGAGCACUAGUGUGAGUGAGAAAGGGGAAAUGUGUUUGAGCACAUGUGACAUAGAGAUCAGGUGAAAAGAAAAAUAAAGGGAGGCCAGGGUGUUCCUCCACCUAAAGAAAAUAACAGCUUUUGUUCAGAUGGUGUCACAAGUUCCUGAUAUUUGGGUCAAUGCUCUAUUUUUUAAAAAAAGCCUACAUUUUAUAACACUGGCACAAAAAUAGUUUUAAGCUUGUUUGCACAGUUCUUUUUUAUCCAUUGGAAAUGGAAUCCAUUUUGCCUUAGGUCUUUUUAAAAUAGUGUACUCUUAUUUUUGGGCUGGCUCUAUGCUUGAAAACCAGUUUAUUUAUAACCUGUUAUAAAAGUACUAUAUUUUGUUUGCAGUUAGGAUUAUGUGGACUUUAAAAAGGUCUCCUAGCUUGCAAGCAAAUCUGAUAUGCACUCUCUCUUUUCUAUAUGUGACAUUUUAAUGUGAGGAUGUUAAAGAAAAUCAAACAAACCAGUGUUUACCUUUCUAGAUUUUCUUUCAUUGCUUCCUUUCUGACUGCAAAAUUCAAAUACUUAUAUUGAUGUUUUGUUUGUCAAGUUAAAAAUUGAGCAUAGUAAAAAUGAAGACAAGAUCGAGUUUAACACAAUCACAAAGAUUUGAAAUCCUUCAAAAAGGGUUGUCUUGGAUGAUAUAAAAAGGAUACUGCAUCUCUCAUUCUUGUAUUGCAUGGUUUUCCCAAUAUUGUUCUGUGUGUCUAUGUAUCUUUUAUAUUCUGCUGGCUGGUGUAGCCUGGCAGAUACGAAGUAAUCUAUAUAUUUUGUGCAAAAUUUGUGUUUGGCCCAGAAUCAUAGAGAUGACCAUGUGAGAGAUCAACAGUUGGUAAAAAGACGGUUACAAGUAUCUACAUUUCUUAAGUGAAAAGGUAUGUACUUUGUAGAAACAGUCUUCAAGUAGUGUUGUAUUUUUCUAAUCCUUGUAGCAGGCGGAUUUUUGUCUUCUUUAAUGUGACUUUUAUACGUUUCACUUAAAACCAAUACACUGAAGAGUCUUUUAGUUUAGCAUGAGGUGCAGUCUACAGUUAUCAGCAAGAAUCAAGGACCAUUCUUGAUUGUUCAAAUACAGGUUGUUAGGUCACGUACUUAAAAACAAAAGAACUCUACAUAAUGGCUUAUUUAUUACCCGCACAGAAGAUGCUACACAAACACUACAGAUAAUUUCCAAAUGUCCCAACCCAGAAUGCGAGUGAAUACACAGAGCUCCCAUGCAUAUUUGGGCUUCCCUUUCCUCUUGAUGGAUACAGUAAACUGGCAUGCUUAGAGCUGCUCCACAAAUGAAAUGAAUGGAGAGAUGCACAAUGUGUGCAUCAGUCCACAUACCUGCAAAAGAUCUCAAGAUACUGUACAAACUACAUACUCCAUAUCAGUUCUGCUGAAGUCACAAAUUGUUGCAGUAUAAAUGGAGUGUUGGUUAUAGGAGGAGAAAGAAUUUUACUCAGCAUGCAUUGUCAAAUUAACUUACAUUUCUUUUCUGGUUUCUUUUUUCUUGAAUUCAUCUGAUCUUAAGUACAGGAAGUAAAUCUGAGAGAGAAAAAUAUGAAGUUGUGCAAUAUUCUCAGUAGUAAAUAAUUGUAACUUUAUUAUCACUUCAUGUGUUGUUUACCAUAAAUGUUGGUGUCUACCUUGUCAAGUAUUAUAGCCAGACUUCUCUUUUACUUUGAAUUGUUAAAUUGGAAAAUGAACAAUUUUUUAAACACC